AAUUGACUGACUAGAUUGUUUUCGAUUCUUUAAAACCUUUCUGCUAUGCAGUAAAAAGGACACGUUAAUACUGAUAUGAAUAUGAGACCAUUCUCUUAAAUAUGACAUCGAGCGAGAAAGACAGCUACCUCUUCGUUGCUGCAAUAGGAUUUGGAACAUCAUACUCUGAAUGUUCUUUCUCAUCCAAAGACGAUUUCGUUAGAAAUCCAACAAAUGCUUAUUCAAAAGAAUGGUUAAAUCAUUCCAGUGGAAAGAUGUCCAAGAGGACGCCUACAUGCAUUCUAUUUACUAAAGAAAAGGAAUUCAGACAUUUCGGUUUCGAAGCCGAAGUGAAAUACGCUGAACUGAUGAAUACCAACGAACAUAAAGAAUGGUUCCUUUUUAAAAGAUUCAAAACGAGUUUCUACGCCCUCACGUCCAGCGAUGCUGAUGUGGUCAUGGAGGAUGAAAAUGGUAAACCGAUGACAGUUCUGACUGUCUUCUCGGAGUCAAUUAGAUAUCUGAAGGAUUCCCUACUUGAAGAAUGUCGGGCACAGAACACAGAUGUCAAACUAAAUGAUGUAAAAUGGGUUAUCACUGUUCCUGUCAUAUCGUCUGACCCAGAAAAAUCAUUCAUGCGGUUAGCUGCAACUGAGGCUGGAAUAAAUCCGGAAAUGUUAACUCUUGCACUGAAGCCAAAGGAAGCACUAUUUGUAGCUGCGAUAGACUUUGGAACAACAUAUUCUGGAUAUGCCUUUUCGUCAAGAGAUGAUUUCAAGAGGGAUCCGACAAAGGCUUAUCUAAAAAGAUGGAUAGAUCCUUCCAGUACCAUGAUGUACAACAAAACAUCUACAUGCGUUCUGUUCACCAAGGAAGGGAAAUUUAGCCAUUUUGGUUUUGAUGCUGAAUGCAAGUAUAGUGACUUAAUGGAAAACAAUGAUCAUAAAGAAUGGUACUUUUUCAGAAGAUUCAAAAUGUGUUUAUACGCUCUGAAGUCUUGCAAUGAAAAUAUAAAUAUUAAAGAUGAAACUGGUAAACCGAUGAGAUCUCUGACGGUUUUCGCUGAGUCUAUUAGAUAUAUGAAGGAUUCCUUCCUGGAACAAUGUCGAUGGCAGAAUACAGAUCUUCAAUUAGACGAUAUCAAAUGGGUCAUUACUGUUCCUGCAAUAUGGUCUGAUCCGGCAAAAUCUUUCAUGCGGUUAGCGGCCAUUGAGGCUGGGAUUGAUUCAGAGAUGCUAGCCAUUGUACUGGAGCCAGAAGCAGCCGCAAUAUACGUGAAACACAUUCUUGUAGAGAGAAAAGAUGAUGAACAACUUCGAACAUUUGCUCCCGGAUCCAAGUACGUCGUUGUUGACGCAGGAGGCGGAACAAUCGACACAACUGCACAUGAGGUUCUGGAAGAUGACCACGUCAUAGAACUGAUAAGAGCCACUGGUGGAGAUUGGGGAGGCACGAGUGUUGACGAAAGCUACUUGAAUUUUAUCAAAUGCAUCAAUGGUGAUAAAGUCGUUAAAAAAAUCCUUCAAGAUCAAAGUAGCAUUUUCUUUGAAACUACUAGAGAAUUUGAAAUUGCGAAACGCACAAUCAAACCCAAUUCAGAUAUAAAGUUUUCUGUUAGGAUUCCACCAGGACUUUGCACAACUUAUAACACAGUUAAUGACGGAGAUUUGAAGUCUAUUAACACUGCAUCGAUGAAAAAUAAAGGACAAGUGGGUGUUACAUUUACUGCUGACAAGAUGAGAUUAGCAUCAAAAGAUGCUGAAUGUUUCUUUACAGACUCAAUAUCAAACAUAUGUCUUCAUUUAACAAACCUGUUUGAACAAGAAGCAGGAAAAGGAAUAACCACUGUCAUUCUAGUCGGUGGCUAUGCAGAGUCGCCAGUUCUCAGCAACGCCAUUAAGUCAAAAUUCCCUCAGAUGCGUACUAUCAUACCACAGGAGGCAGCGUGGUCCGUUUUGCGUGGAGCAGUCAUUUUUGGACAUGAUCCAAGUCUUAUUAAGCAACGAAGGAGCAAAUAUACAUAUGGCAUAAGUGUUUACAAGCAGUUUGACCCAUCUGAGCAUGAUGAAAAACACAAAUUUGUAAAAAAUGGAAAGCUAUGGUGCGAUUUACUUUUCAAUAAGCUCAUAUAGAUUGAUCAACUGGUGACAGUGGAUGAAUAUCAAAAGGAAAAAUGGUAUAGAAUGCAUGAAGCUGGCAGUGCAGGAAAUCUCUCUCUUUAUUCAAGUACAUCAAAGAAUCCGAAAUAUGUUGAUGAAGACGGAUGCUCUUUCAUAGGAAACAUUCUAUCCCCAGGGCAUAACUUUCUUCUCAAUGAAUCUAUUACGGUUAAAAUGUGCUUUGGUGAAACAGAAAUAGAAUUUAAAGCACACCAACCAAAAUGUCAUCUAACGAAUACGUAUCGUUUGGGUCAAAUCUGAAAUCACAAAUUGGUAUCGAUUACGACGUGAGUUGCUUUAAUCAGUAUCAUAGUCAUUUACCAAGGAAACUGUUGUGUAUAACUUCCUACAGAAUACAAAAUUAGUUUGACAACCUUGAAUAAUUUCGGUAUCAAUACUAUUUCUUUCUUGCAUUACUUAUUCUUAUCUACUUUUAUUUUCCAGAAUAUGUGCAGAAUUGUUAAUUGUAUCUCAUGAUCGAAUGAAUAAAAUUAGAU